AUUACAUAUAUUAGUGACUGUCGUAUAGAGUGAAAAUGACGCAUCCAUUACUAAUUGUAUUACUUGUAACGAUCGCAAAUAAAAGCUUCGGUGUUAAACUGGAAGAUCGGUAUGAAUGGAAAUAUAUUGAUUAUGUGUGGAAUAAUUUGCAAAACCAGGAAGUGAUAAAAUCUGACAAUUAUGACCCUAUUAAGAAUAUUUUAUUGGACGUAGACGAAGCACCAGACGGUAGAGUAUUCGUUACUGUAAUAAGAAAUAGAGGAGUACCAGCUAGUAUAGCAACAGUAAGUAAUGAAAGAGGACCGGGAGGUCCACUUUUGUCUCCGUAUCCAAAUUGGUCAUGGUAUAAUGACACUACUGAUUGCAAUAACAAUAUUAUAAGUGUAUUACGGAUAUCUAUCAAAUGUAAUCAUCUUUUCGCUCUGGACUUUGGAAGGAAGGAUGGACUUCCAGGAGAUAGAAUUUGUCCUUCGAAACUAUUAAUCUUUAAUUUAGAAAAUGAUACGCUCGUUGAUCGUGUUACCAUUCCAUCUAACAUUGCUGAUAAUAAAAAUGGUAGAGGAUUGCUUGCGACACCACUUGCUUAUGUUCGAGACUGCAGACGCAUAGAUAAUGUGAUCGUGUAUAUGGCUGACGUAAUAGGUUCUGGUUUAGUGAUAUACAAUAAAUACUCAGGCUUCUGCAGAAUUGAAUCUGAUUUCAUGAAAUCAACUCAUCCCAAUUUUACCAUAGAAAACGAGAGUUUUUAUUUGGAAGAUGGUAUUCUUGGUUUAACAAUAAUUCGUGAAAAUUUGUUUUAUGCUCCUUUAGCGGGGAAUAGGAUAUUCAAGAUGAAUAAGCAUACUCUAAGAAAAUGUCCAAAACGAAGCGAGGCUAAUAGGUUAACUCAAGUGGCGGGUACAUUAUCUGGUCAAACAGGACCGAUAGCAUCCCAGAAUAACGUAAUAUUUUUUAGCAAUAUCCCGAAAACGGCCAUUCUUUGUGCGGAUACUACUAAAAAAUUCGAUCCUUCCAACAGUGUGAUUAUUGCACAAAAUUCCAAAAAAUUGCAAUUUCCGGGUGGACUAAAAGUUAUAAGAGAUAAAGAAAAAAAAGUUAGAAAGUAUAAGGAAGGAAAAGUACUAAUUGCAACAAAUAGGCUUCAACGUAUCUUUAAUAACAAUUUAAACCUGAACGAGACAAACUUCCGCAUUCUCGAGUUCGAUAUCAUGAAAAUAAAAGAGACAAAAUAUGGUAGAGUAUUCGGUACUAUACUAAGUUACUAUACAAGAGUACCAGCUAGUGUAGCAACAAUAUUACAUCAACAUACUAAUACAAAUAUGUAUACACAGGUGUAUAUCUCUGACAUACAAGGUUUUGGUUUAGUCAUAUAUAAUAAGUACGCAGGCUUCUGCAGAAUUGAAUCUGAUUUCAUGAAACCAACUCAUCCCAAUUUUACAAUAGAAAACGAGAGUUUUUAUAGGGAAGAUGGUAUUGCUGGUUUAACAAUCAUUCGUGAAAAUUUGUUUUAUGCUCCUUUAGCGGGGGAUAGGAUAUUCAAGAUGAAUAUGCAUUCUCUAAAAAAAUGUCCAAAACGAAGCGAGGCUAAUAGGUUAACUCAAGUGGCGGGUACAUUAUCUGGUCAACCAGGACUGAUAGCAUCCAAGGAUAAUGUAAUAUUUUUUAGCAACAUCCCGAAAACGGCCAUUCUUUGUGCGGACACUACUAAGAAAUUCGAUCCUUCCAACAGUGUGAUUAUUGCACAAAAUUCCAAAAAAUUGCAAUUUCCGGGUGGACUAAAAGUUAUAAGAGAUAAAGAAAGGAAAGAUAGAAAAUAUAAGGAAGGAAAAUUACUAAUCGCAACAAACAGGCUUCAGCGUAUCUUUAAUAACAAUUCAAACCCGAACGAGGUAAACUUCCGCAUUCUCGAGUUGGAUAUCAUGAAAAUAAAAGAGACAAAAUGUUUUGAUUCCAAUUACCACGACCAUAAAACUGAACAUAAUACCUUGUUCUCUUAG